AUGGCAACUCCUAAUUCCACUAGCACCAGCCACUCGUUCUUCAUUCUGCUGGGCAUCCCUGGCCUGGAAGACCAGCACACGUGGAUCUCUCUCCCCUUCUUUCUUUCCUACCUUGUUGCCCUGCUUGGGAACAGCCUCCUUAUCUUCAUCAUCACUACUGAACGCAGCCUCCAUGAACCCAUGUACCUCUUCCUCUGCAUGCUCGCCGUGGCUGACCUCAUCUUGUCCACUACCACUGUGCCCAAGGCCUUGGCCAUAUUCUGGUUCCAUGCUGGGGCGAUCUCCCUAGAUGGCUGUGUCACCCAGAUCUUCUUCAUCCAUGCUACUUUCAUUGCUGAAUCAGGGAUUCUGUUGGCGAUGGCGUUUGACCGCUAUGUGGCCAUCUGUGACCCACUGCACUAUACCGCAGUGCUGAAUCGUGCAGUGAUUGUAAGGGUAGGCUCGGCUGUGGUCCUGAGGAGCUUCUGUGUGAUACUCCCAGAUGUGUUCCUGGUGAAGCGAUUGCCUUUCUGCCGUAGCAAUCUGCUGCCACAUACCUACUGUGAGCACAUGGCUGUUGCCAAGUUUGCUUGUGCUGAUAUUCGUGUCAAUGUCUGGUAUGGCUUGUCUGUCCUUCUCUCUACAGUAGUGCUAGAUGCCUUGCUCAUCUUAGUUUCCUACAGUCUCAUCCUCAAUGCAGUGUUCCACCUCCCCUCCCAAGGAGCUCGGCAAAAAGCUCUGAGCACGUGUGGCUCCCACCUUGGAGUCAUUUCCAUGUUCUACUUACCUGGCAUUUUUACCAUAAUUACCCAGCGGUUUGGACACCAUGUUCCUCUCCAUACACACAUCCUGCUGGCCAACGUCUGCAUGUUGGCCCCUCCCAUGCUGAAUCCCGUCAUUUAUGGGGUCAAGACAAGACAGAUUCGAGAGCGUGUGCUCAGUACUUGGUCUUCACAGUGGAAAUGA